UUAUUUUGGAGGUGAGUCAGUGUGACCGGAUGUUAAGGUAAAGCUGGUUUGCUAACAGCUAGCAGCUAACAGCUAGUUAAGUGUGAUAAACUAGCAGACCGUUCCGGUAAAAAGCCGAAUCACUGACGGAACAUCUUCCUCUCAUGUUGCUGCUCGACUGAAGAAGUUUCUGGAAGCUGCUCGUGCACGCGCACAGUCUCCAUGGCUACAGAGGAGUUCUACGAGGUGGAGCGGAUUGUGGACAGGAGGAGGAACAGGAAGGGGAAGUUGGAGUACCUGGUCAGGUGGAGAGGUUAUGGUUCUGAGGGGGACACAUGGGAGCCAGAGAGUCACCUGUCCACCUGUAUGAUCUACGUCCAUGACUUCAACCGUCAGUACGCAGAGAGGCAGAGAGACAACAUGUUGCUGCGCUCCACCCGCAGCUCACCCAGCCACCACUGUAGCCCCACCCACAGACCACCUUGCAGGCUGCCGCCCUCUACGGCUGCUCAUGUUGACAUCAGCAGUGAGAUCAGCUGCGGUCUAACUGCAGACUGUGAUCGGGUGAAACCCGCUCUUGUCCCAGCUCACUUGGUCCGCCUGGCCUCAAUCAGCUCACAGCAGCCUGCUGGUCUGACCCCGGCGUCUGCGGUUGGCUCCGCCCGCCGCAGCGUGGACCUGUCCAAGACCGGCAUCAAGAUCCUGGUUCCUAAGAGUCCGAUGAACAGCCGCCUGGACUCAGAUGAGUCUCCCGGUGAGGCGGCUCAGGGCCUGGAGGCUGGAGCUCAGGAGGCUCACCUGGUCCCACCUGAGGUCGCCCUGUUGGAGAAACCUGCAGGAGUCCAGCUGGGGCCUGGAGAGGAGAGGGCCCGCAUGGGGACUAGACCCCGAAACCAGAACCCCCUGCCCCUGCCACGAGCACCCGUUACACCUGCUGCCAUGCGCUCCCUCUGUGGCACAGGUAACUCGCCACUGAUGGAGGCUGUCCCUGCCAACGGGAUGUCAGGUGUGCAGAGUGCCGUUGCCGGAUCGACUAGUGUGACUGGGAAACGUCGUCUGGAGGAACGUUGUGCCUUCGAUAAACGUCUGAGGUUCAGUGUUCGACAGACGGAGAGUGCUUAUCGUUAUCGUGACAUCGUGGUGAAGAAACAGGACGGUUUCACACACAUCCUGCUGUCCACCAAGAGCUCUGAGAACAACACGCUGAACCCUGAGGUGAUGAAGGAGAUCCAAAGCGCUAUGGCGACGGCAGCUUCAGACGACAGUAAAAUGGUGUUACUCGGUGCCGUUGGCAGCGUCUUCUGCUGCGGCCUCGACUUCCUGUACUUCAUCAGACGCCUGACGGACGACAGGAAGAAGGAGAGCAUCAAGAUGGCAGAGACCAUCAGGACCUUCGUCAACACCUUCAUCCAGUUCAAGAAGCCCAUUGUGGCAGCAGUGAAUGGGCCGGCGCUCGGCCUUGGUGCCUCCAUCCUGCCGCUUUGCGAUGUGGUGUGGGCCAAUGAAAAGGCUUGGUUCCAGACACCAUACACAUCCUAUGGCCAGACACCAGACGCCUGCUCGUCCUUCACCUUUCCGCGCAUCAUGGGCCUCGCCUCGGCUAACGAGCUGCUGCUGAGCGGCAGGAAGUUGACGGCUCAGGAGGCGUGUUCUAAAGGUUUGGUUUCUCAGGUUCUCUGGCCAGGAACCUUUACGCAGGAAGUGAUGCUGCGAAUUAAGGAGUUGGUGACUGUUGACUCACUGGUUCUACGGGAGUCUAAGGCCCUGAUGAGGAACACCAGCCGCAAUGCUCUGGAGCAAGCUAAUGAGCGGGAGUGUGAAGCCCUGAAGAGAGUCUGGGGCUCAUCUCAGGGAACUGACUCCAUCCUGCAGUACCUGCAGAGGAGAACCGAGCUCUGCUAGAACCAGGACCGUGACCAGAAGCUGACCAGGAACAGGACUGGUCUCGUGACUCAGCAGAUCUGAGCUUCAACAGUGACGCAGCAGAUUCUGAGAUGGACAGGAAACACUGAAUGCUCCCCCUUUUGUUGUCACAUUUAAGUUAUAAUUGCAGCAGGACGAUGAUUUAAAAACAGACAUUUCUGUAAAUCCUUUUGUUCUCAAAUCUUUCACUUUGGUUUUGUCUCUCCUGUGGAGUUCCACAGGGUUCUGCUGUUGGUCCACUGUCAUUCAGCUUCACAUUCUUCCUUCGGGUGGUAACAUCUGGAAGCUGAUGAUCAGAUUUAUGAAUGACUUGGUUUAUGUUUUUGACUAUUGUUCCUGCCAGACCAAACCGAGGGCAUCGAUAACUGUGGCCGUCUGAGAAGAGCCUGAACAGUCAUAUUCAGGAUUUAAACUGCUCACACGUAUAACUGUAUUUAUGUGGUAACAGAUGGCUAAAGACACAAGAUUUCCCACGAGAGUUCUGCAGAAUCACCUGAGCUGGGUUUUCCCUUUUCCUUUCCCUUUUAAAUGGACGUAAUCCCAGACCUUUUCCCAGAAUUCCCUCUGGUGAAUUUCCACAUGCAGGAAUAAACAGUAACUGGAGGCUAGAAACCAACACUGACCUUUUAUGUUUCCAUCAUGACAUCACAGUUGAGUCCACCUGCAGUCUGCAGCUCCUCAGUUUGUACUCACUUAGAUUUUAAUGACUGUGACGUUUCCCUUAGCGCCACCCUCAGGAGUCCAUGUUCAGCACAAAUCAGUCAUCAGAUGUACAGAAUUUGAGUUCAGUUUAAGUUUGUAUGAUCAUGCAACAGUUUGACAGUGAUGAAUUAUGGAUAAAUGUUGACACCUGAGGCCUGAGAGGCUACAGUGUGUUGGCAUGGCCUGUUAGUCAUGUGAGGAUCUGAGCAGGUUCAGCUCUGUUAACAAAAAAAGUUUUUCUACAUGUAUAAAUAAACAGACUCAUACAUUCCAGAA